GGCCAUGUACGGAAAAAUAAUACUAGUAACGUCCUUUGGGUUUGGGUACGUGCAGCGCACGUGCGUCAGCGCGCGCAUGUUAUGCAAUGCAUUUAAUUUUAGCGCGAAAAUAAUCACUGAAAUCACUAGAAGCGUUAAGCAUGCAUAUCAUGCAGCGCGCGCAGUGGAAAUAAUUUGAGAUUUCGCAGAUAGCAAACGUGAUGCAGCGCAUCGACGCCGACCGACGUGCAGACAUUACGCAACGACAACAUACGCUGCCUUUUCUUGAAAUUGACCAACUUCUAGAGUAGAGACAUCAGAUUCGUUAGCUAAAGAGUGAAAUUUCACAAUGUCUGGACAGCAAAGUGAUGCAGUUGAGAGCCUCUCAGCAUCAGAUGACAUGAUGGAAUCACUUCCGUGUAGCCAACCAGGGGUCCUGACACCUGAGAAACUGAAAGAAGCAGAAAUGGCAUCUACUGGUGAUGAAGCAAGUGAAUGUCAGAUGCCUGGUGGAACAUCUGGUCGAACAUCCCCAGCCAGUAGUACUGGACAGAUCAGUGAUGUAAACGUUGGUAAUGAUGAGAAGAUCAUGAUCACUGACAGUAUGCUUGCUGAAGAAGAGAAAUUGAAACAGAAUGCAGAAGAAGAGCAGAAAUUACAGGAGUUUGAGUCUGGUGACAGUUGGAAAAAGGAAUUGGAGGAGCAGCGAUACAAUAGACUUCAGCAUCUGCUUCAGAAAAGCAGCAUUUAUACUAACUUUCUUCUCACUAAGAUGGAUGAACAACAAGCUAAAGAGCGCAAGAGACAAGAAAAACAGGCUCAGAAAAGGAAAGAAGAGGAAAAGAAGCAAAAGAAGGAGAGGGAAGCAAAAGAUGAUAAAGAGAAGGUUGAUACUCCUAAAAGAUCAAGAAGAAGUGGAAGAAAACAGGACGUAGAUGGUAGCCAAGAAAGCGGUAGUCAAGAAGGAGCAGGAAAGAAAAUCUCAAAGGGAAAAACACAAAAUAGUGAAACAGAUUUAGCCAAGAGGGGCAAGAAGAGAAAGGCAGAGACAUAUUCAAUUGCUGAUUAUUUGGACAAAGAGGUGCUGACCAAUACAUCAAAGAAGCAGAGUGUAGAUUGCACAGACAAGGAGGCCGAUACAACAACUGUUGGUGAUGAGACUGUCAAAGCUAGUAAGAGUGGCUUUGUUGAUACAUUCAGUAGAGAGAUCAAUGGGGAGAAAGUCUCUGAUCUGCAGCCUGUACUGUUCUCUGGUGGUGUGCUUAGGAAAUAUCAACUGGAUGGCAUGGAGUGGCUCAAGGUGUUGUAUGAGAAUGGUGUCAAUGGUAUCUUAGGUGAUGAAAUGGGACUUGGUAAGACUAUACAGUGUAUAGCUCUAUUUGCCUAUGUGAUUGAGAUGGGAGUACCAGGCCCAUUUCUAGUGUGUGCUCCUCUGUCAACUCUGCCUAACUGGGUGUCAGAAUUUCAGCGUUUCACCCCAAAGAUCCCAGUGUUGCUAUACCAUGGCACCAAAGAUGAAAGAACAAAGAAGAGGAAGCAGAUUAGGAAGAAGAUUGGUGAGCACCAGUCUCACCCUAUUGUCAUUACAUCAUAUGAGAUUGUCAUGAAUGAUAGAAACCAUCUACAAGGGUUACAAUGGAAGUAUGUCAUCGUAGAUGAGGGACAUCGUAUCAAGAAUCUCAACUGCAGACUUAUUAAGGAACUAAAGAUGUACCAGACAGCAAAUCGUCUUCUCCUGACAGGUACACCUCUACAGAACAAUCUUGCUGAGCUCUGGUCUAUGCUCAACUUUCUCUUGCCAGAAGUCUUUGAUGAUCUCAACACAUUCCAAUCUUGGUUUGAUUUCUCCACACUGUCUAAGGAAGGUGGUGAUGAGGCUAUCAUUGCCCAGGAAAGAGAACAACAUGUUAUAUCAAUGCUUCAUCAGAUAUUGACACCUUUCUUAUUGCGCCGCUUGAAGGCUGAUGUGGACCUGAUGAUACCACCCAAGAAAGAGCUCUUAGUCCAUGCCCCUCUCACCAAACACCAAGAAGAGUUUUAUAAAUACACACUGGACAAGACUAUCAUGGACAGGAUAAAGGAAAGAGAUGAGCCCACUCCUACUCCUGUUGAGCUGACACCUUCUGGGCGCCCUAAGAGAAGAUCCAAGAAUGUCAAUUAUGCUAUCAUGAUGGAAUCUGGAAAGAAAGAGAAAGAGAAGAAAAGCAAACAGAGGAUCAACUUUGAAAAGGAAGAAAAUGAAAUUAUCCAGUGGGUGGAGAUGAUUGAGAAACAACUAGAAAAGGAAGAGAAAGUUAUGAAGGCCAAGAAAGCUGAAUCUUCAGUUGUAAACAUCAAACUCCAGAAUGUAAUGAUGCAGCUGAGAAAGUGUUGUAAUCAUCCAUAUCUCCUAGAGUACCCUCUAAUAGAAGCUACAGGGGAGUACCGGGUAGAUGAAGAGCUGAUUACUUCCUGUGGCAAGAUGAUGGUGGUGGAUAGGCUCCUUCCUGCUCUCAAGGAGAGGGGUCAUAAGGUUUUGAUAUUCUCCCAGAUGACAAAAAUGAUGGAUAUCCUAGAAGACUAUUGUCAUUUGAGAAGCUAUCAAUACUGUAGACUUGAUGGUAGUACAUCUAUCGAGGACAGGCAGGCAAGAAUGAAAGAAUUCAACACAGACCCAGAUGUAUUCUUGUUCUUGUUGAGUACCCGGGCAGGUGGUCUUGGAAUCAACCUAACAGCAGCUGAUACUGUUAUCAUCUAUGACAGUGAUUGGAAUCCACAGAGUGACCUUCAGGCUCAAGACAGAUGUCAUCGUAUUGGUCAGACCAAGCCAGUAGUCAUCUAUAGACUUGUCACUGCUAAUACCAUUGAUCAGAAGGUUGUAGAGAGAGCUGCUGCUAAGCGCAAGCUGGAGAAGAUGGUCAUUCAUCAAGGUACUUAAUAAAAUGGAUUUGUUGAUGAAAGAACAUGUUUAUGCUUUCACCUUUUUUGGCGGUUGCUGGAUGCAUUGUGAUUUGGAUGAUCCGUUCAUUCAUCUGGCCUGUUUUGUUAAUAGAUUGGCAGGCCUCAACAACAAAAAAUUUUCGUCACUUGCCCUGUUGGGCAAGUGAUGAAAAAAUUUGCUUGCCCGAUAGAAAAAAACUGCUUGCCCAAUUUUUUUAAAUAAUUUUUUCAUUAUGACGGCACUACUCUUAUUUUUAUUAAGGUAUACGAAAUAACAACAAUUGAGAAUCAUGUCCAGUAUAAAAGAACACACAUUGAAGAGAUAUUUUCAGCAACGUUGGCCUGAGUCUUUACGUUUAUUUUGGAGAAGAAAAAAAAUUGCUAUUUUAUGGGCAUUUAAGGUUAAAAAAAAAAACCUUCACCAAAAGUUGCUAAAAUUUCAUAUUUUGCAUCUUUAAAUCCACGAAAUGGUUACCUGCUUACCAUAUUUCCUUAGAAUUGCUUUCAUUUAGUUGGAAACUAUAAAGAAAGCCAGUAAAAUAUGUUCAGCUUUUUAUUGCCUCGGAAAAAAUUGUUUUAUCAUCAAAAGUGGAGUGGCCAGAAUUUCACAUUUUGCAUCUUUAAAUCCAUGAAAUGGUCAUUUAUUUUCCAUAUUUCCUUGAUUUAAAAAAAAAAAAUUAAUUGGAAAACCAUCAAGUCUUUUCUUCAUCAUUCUAUGAUGUUGCACUCGGUCAAUAAUUUUUAUCUACAUGUUUUUACAUGCUACUUUUUUUCUAUUUUGAGGAAUACCGUUCACUUAUUAAUGAAGUAUUACUAACAUUGUUUAAUAUUGUAUGAUUUUUAAGUUAUUUCUUUCAUGCUUAGAAUCUUGGGUAUGUGUGUGUGUUUGUGUGGGUGUGACUGUGAGUUGAACUUGGAUAUAAAUGAAUUCAAUAUCUAAUUUCUACUUCGCCUAUUCCAGUACAAUAACCUGUACUCGGCCAUGUAAUAAAGGCCCACAUACCCUAACUUUUCCUGAAGUUCUUUGAAAACGCAGACUUCUACGAAAAUUGCAUUUGUCUAUGGGGGAGUCUAAAUUCGGUGAGAAUGUAUUCAUUAAUAACUUAAAUAUACAUGACAAUGAAGAAAUCAUCAAACUUUAUUGGCAGUUUUGAAUAAUAUACCCGAAAUGUAAACUCUGUCUGAAACAGAAAAUCACCAUCAUUGAGGCCUUUACUGAGCAAAUUGUCCCCCAGAGCUCUGGCAGAGAGACAGAGCUCAGACUGGCUAGCUAGUGUGCGUACGAGUGUGAGCCUCCCGCCGGCCUUGUAAAAUAGAUGGAGCUUUGUUUGAUGAUUUAUUGUCUGAUAUUUACCUCAUCCCCUCAAAUAGGGAAACAAAUGAAUUUUAAGUUAUAAUUAUCAAAUACGGCAAGUUAUUUUGGAUGUUAAUAGGCCGUUUUGAAAAGCAAAGCCGAAUGACAACUCACCAAUGC